AUGCAAGAGGAGGCCGCUGAUAAAACGCAACAGUUGCAAAACUUUCAAUCAGAUGACUUGCUGGAAAAGCUGAAGCUGCUCAACUAUGAGAAGCAUCUGCUCAGGGAAUACAAGUUGAAGCCGCUGUCGCGCUUUUAUUUCGUGAAGGCAACAAAUCCGGGAGAGCAAUUCUUUAUGUUUACGCUGAUCUGCUGGUGGCUGUGCAGGAAGCUGGGCAAGGAAAUGGAGCGGCCGCAGGAGCACGAUGAUCCCAAUACGGUGAUCGCCAAGAUAAUGCAAAUGCUGGAGGAAAUCGAUGUGCCAGUGGACUUUGCUCCCAAUAAGCUUAUACGUGGCGCUGGUCCCGUUUGCCUUAUGGUGCUCGAUUCGUUGGCCACGCAGGCGGUGAAAGUGACGCAAGUCAACUAUCAACGCCUGCACAUAGCCCAGGAGGAGGAGUUUGUGGGCGACUACUUGGAGGACAAUGCAGAGAUCAUAUUGGAGAAGUUGGAGGAUGAGCAAAAUGCGGCCGCCCUCAGCGACGACAGCGAUCUCGAGCUGGAGGCGCAUAAUUUCAAGCAGGUCAACUGGCUCAACCGCCAGAAGCGUGCCCUGGGCGCGCUGCCAGCCAGCGCGACGGACGAGCAAAACCGCGAGCUGGACGCUCGCCUCAGCGAUCAUCAGGAGUGGCGCUUGGAGCUGGAGCGCGUGCUGCAGCAGCUAAAGGUAUUCGUCAAGGCCGAUGCCCGCGACUGGCGCACCCACAUCAGUCAGAUGGAGACCCUCAACACGGGCAUCGCCAACGUGGCCGAGUCGACGCAGGCGCAGCUCAAGAAGCUGCACAGCGAGUUCACCUUCAGCAUGGAGAAGAUCGAGAGCAGGGAGAAGCACUUGAAUAACGAGCUCCAGCCGCUCAUCCAGCAGUACAAGGAGCUCUCCAUUGAGCUAUCCACGGUGCAGUACGCGCAGGCCCAGGUCCAAGCCGAGGCCGAGAAGCAGAUGAACCAGCUCAGCGAGGUGAUGGCCGAGCAGGAGCUCAAGAAGCAGGAAAUGGAGCGACGCGGUCAAGUCAUGUCCGAUGGCAGUUCCGUGCAGCAGAUAAAGAAGUCGAUUGCCAAGCUAAAGGAUGACAUUGCCCAGUUGAAUCUGGAGGUGGCCUUGCUGGUGCAUGCCUACGACCAGGAGACAGUGCGUCAAGCGCUCGACCCUGCCGACCAGGCAAACAACUGAUAAGCGAGGGAGUCCUCUCGGUAUUUAGCAUACGAACGCGAUCGUCGACCCGGGCACAUUUCACACUUGGCCAUAGGUGCGUUGUUGCUGGCCUUGUUUACACCGAUCGAUGGCUAUCGAUGGGGGCAGCAACAACAGGCCAGACCACCGGCGUUGCUCCGCCCCGUCGAACGUUGUUUGAUUUGAUUGCUGCAGUGCAGCUGAUAAGCUUUGUAAUUGGUUGCUAAGCCAAUAGGGCGGUCAAUUAUCACCUCUUUGUUAUCUACGCUCGCACACACACACACACACACACGUACGCGUGUCCUGCGCUUGAUCAGAUAAGCAGCCACGUCGCACUUAGAUGAGAGGAUGCCGCAACUACCACAUAACCACGAACCCAACCGCGAACCUAACCAAACCAAUCCGAAACCAAAGCAAACCUAAGACGCAACCGCGAAACCGCUUGCCCGUCCGUAGGUGUUGCUACCCUCUCCUCUCUCAUCUCGCCUCUCUCUCUCUCUCUCUCAGCCUCUCCCUGCAUCGUCCUCUCUCCCUCUGCUCGCCGCGCACGCGCAAACGCUUUGUUUGCCCACUUGGCCAGCUUAUCAGCCCAAUUCCUAAUUCCCAAUUGCUCAGGUCCCGGCGAUGCGCAACUUGUUGUGAUUUGCGCUGUGGCUGGCCAAAGGUGCUAAAAGGUUUUCCCAAAACACAACACACGCACAUACACAACAACAACAACAACAGUCACAGCAACACAGCUUGGCAACUGCCCAGGACAUUGCUUUGCACGUGCUCAGGGUUUUUCCAACAUCCUUCAGAAUGUAACCGCAUGUUUAGCCAA